GUUGUGUCGCAACAUCCGGAGCGACAGCAGCAACUUUUUAGGUUUCAUUUAUCAGUGCUGGGCAUGGAGAGAAAUUAUGUGCCCCCUGUGGGCCCCACGGAUCUACCUUUGUCCUUGCUGGAGAUGGGCUGCUCUGGACGCUUUGAGCUGAUCACACACCCCACACCGGGGCAGCCUUUGCCUCCACUCACCACGCUUCCCCAUGGACUGCCCCCCACAAGUCUGAGCUUAGAGAAAGAAGUAGAGAAACAGUUUUUACGGGACCCUGGCUGGCUGCCCAUCCAUGAUAAGGACCUCUGUUUUCAAAAGUUUCUCAAAAUAGCAAAGAGGGAGAUUAAUGUGGACUCUCUCCUUAACUGUGCCCCUGCUCCUCUUCACUCUGGUUUGUCCGUGGUCCGAGACCCAACCACCGGGAUGCUCCUGGACUUCACAGAGGUGUUACUUGAAAACACUGACCUCUCUGCGAAGAACUCUCUCUCAUUACAACGGCAGCCUGGCCCUCCGUCCGAGAGCCUUCGAGGGAGCAACACCAAUUACCCUUUUCUCCCGGGAGGGAUGGAGGAGCUCACUCUGGACCAAAUUAAAAAGAAGUCUGACUUGGAGGAGGAUAUUGACUUUGAAAAUGAUUUACUCAAAGUUGCCCCAGGACUGAAAACUGGGAUGGACUUCACUGAAAAAGAUGCCAAAGUAGCAAAACCAGAGGUGAACCUCAUGUCUCUGUUAACCUCAUACGAUGGUAUAUCAGACUUCCAUCGAGACGUCGAGGAGAAAGAGGAAGUGAAAGACACAAAAGAAGCGCCAACAUUACCAAGGACAAACAGCCUCGAAGAUCUGGGCAUCAAGGAUGCUGCCUCCUCAUCGGGUUCAUCAGAAAAGAUCAAAGAUGAAAAAUCAAAAGAAAAACCAGAGGAGAAAAAGAAAUGGGCGAUUCCUGUCAACAUCAGCUCUCCGUGUGACGACUUCUAUAAGCGCAUCCCAAACCCAGCUUUUAAGUGGCCGUUUGAGUUGGACGUGUUCCAGAAACAGGCCAUCCUCAGACUGGAGGCUCAUGACUCUGUUUUCGUGGCUGCUCACACUUCAGCAGGAAAAACAGUGGUCGCUGAGUACGCCAUUGCUCUGUCGCAGAAGCACAUGACCAGAACAAUCUACACCUCACCAAUCAAGGCCUUGUCCAAUCAGAAGUUCAGAGACUUUAAAACCACUUUUGGAGAUGUGGGGCUCCUCACAGGGGACGUACAGCUCAGCCCUGAGUCGUCCUGUCUCAUCAUGACCACAGAGAUCCUGAGGUCUAUGCUGUACAACGGCUCAGAGGUGAUCAGGGACCUGGAGUGGGUCAUAUUUGAUGAAGUUCACUACAUCAAUGAUGCUGAGAGAGGUGUGGUCUGGGAGGAGGUGUUGAUUAUGCUUCCAGAUCACGUCAGCAUAAUUCUCCUCAGUGCCACUGUCCCAAACGCUCUGGAGUUUAGUGAGUGGAUCGGUCGAAUAAAGAAGAGACACAUUUACGUGAUCAGCACUUUGAAGAGACCGGUGCCUCUGGAGCAUUAUCUGUACACAGGAAACAGCACCAAGACCCAGAAGGAGCUGUUUCUGCUGCUGGACGCCACCGGCAACUUCCUCACCAAAGGAUAUUAUGCAGCAGUUGAGGCCAAAAAGGAGCGCACCAGUAAACACGCCCAGUCAUUUGGCACCAAAGGCACAAAUCAGAGCACUACAGCCAGUCAGGACCGGUCAGUGUGGCUGACCCUGCUUCACUUCCUGUCCCAAAGGCAGCAGACUCCGGUUGUGGCCUUCACGUUCUCCAGGACGCGCUGUGAUGAGAACGCUCGCUCUCUUGAGUCCAUGGACCUCACCACCUCCAUCGAAAAGGCUGAGAUUCACUCGUUUUUCCAGAAAAGUUUGAGCCGACUGCGAGGAGGAGACAGACAGCUGCCCCAGAUCCUGCUGAUGAGGGGCCUGUUGAAGAGAGGCAUCGCGGUGCAUCACAGUGGGAUCCUGCCCAUUCUGAAGGAGGUGAUCGAAAUGCUGUUCUCCAGAGGCCUGGUGAAGGUGCUUUUUGCCACAGAGACGUUUGCGAUGGGAGUGAAUAUGCCUGCCAGGACUGUGGUGUUUGACAGCAUCCGGAAACACGACGGGACGGGAUUCAGGAACCUGCUCCCCGGUGAAUAUAUUCAAAUGGCCGGGCGAGCAGGAAGAAGAGGUUUGGACGCCACAGGGACAGUCAUCAUUUUGUGCAAAGUUGGAGUUCAUGAAAUGUCUGACCUCCACGUCAUGAUGCUGGGUAAGCCGACAAUGCUCCAGUCUCAGUUCAGACUGACCUACACUAUGAUCUUGAACCUGCUGCGAGUCGAAGCGCUCAGAGUCACAGACAUGAUGAGGAGGAGCUUCUCUGAGAGCCACCGAGACACACAGGCGAGUGAGAGCCGGAUCCGUGAGCUGAAGCAGAUCCUGUCCUCUCUGCCUCCACUGGACACUGAGGGACAACUCUCUGAUCUCCUGGCGUACUACCACACCAUGACAGAGCUCAGGACCACUACGGAGGCUGUGCAGAAAGCCGUCCUGGAGUCAGUGAACGGGCUCAAAGCUCUGUCUGUCGGUCGAGUCGUGGUCGUCAACAACUCACAACACCUCAACGCUUUAGGAGUCAUCCUACAGGUCUCCAGUGACUCAGUGAAUCGCACCUUCACGGCUCUGAUCAUCUGUGAAAAAGGGAACGAGGAGGGAGGCGGAAAAAACAACAGCGAUGCGUUUCCUCAUCUGUUCAACACUGCGCUGUUCAUCCCUGAAGGUCCCUGCAGUCACACGGUGCAGAAGCUGAAGCUGCAGGACAUUUCUGCGAUCACAGUGAAAACUCUCAAAGUGAUUCCCGACAGAAUCAUCGACAACUACAACAAAAGACAGCAGCCCCGAUUCAAGAACGACCCUCCCGGACAGGCAAUCUCCACGGCAACCCAGGAGCUUCUGCGAUUGGCCGAGGCGAACCCGGGGGGAGUGACUUCUCUGGACCCUGUGAACGACCUACAGCUGAAGAGUGUGGAGGUGGUGGAAGGAUCAAUGAGGCUCAGGCUGCUCCAGGACGCUCUGAGGGACUUCAACUGCAUCCACUCGCCCACAUUCGCUGAACAGUUUUCUCGAGUUAAAGAGCGGAUGAGCGUCCAAGAGGAGCUGGACAAACUGCUGUUCCUGGUUUCAGAUCAGUCCCUGACGCUGCUGCCUGAAUAUCACCAACGAAUCAAGGUGCUGCAGUCUCUCCAGUACAUAGACAGCAGUGGAGCGGUCCAGUUGAAGGGGCGUGUGGCCUGUCAGAUCAGUAGUCAUGAGCUGCUCCUCACUGAGCUCCUGUUUGAAAACUCCCUGAGCCCUCUAGCCCCGGAGGAGAGCGCCGCCCUGCUGUCCUGUCUGGUGUUUACACAGAACACACAGGUGGAGCCACAUCUCACCAACACGCUCAAAGAGGGCAUUGAGCGCGUGCUAGCAGUGGCCAAGCGAAUCGGGGAGCUCCAGAUGGAUUGUGGGAUACCGCAGACCGCAGAGGAGUUUGUGGGACAGUUCAAGUUUGGGCUGACAGAGGUGGUGUACUGCUGGGCCAGGGGCAUGCCCUUUGCGGAGAUCGCACAACUCACGGACGUCCAGGAGGGGACAGUAGUGCGCUGUAUUCAGAGACUGGACGAGGUCCUGAAGGAGGUUCGGCAGGCGGCCCGGAUCGUAGGAGACUCGGUUCUGGGCAGUAAAAUGGAGCGUGCCUCUUUGGCUAUUCGUCGGGAUAUAGUCUUCACUGCGUCCCUCUACACCCACUGAGCCCUGUGAGAGGUAGGAGAGGGGAGAGGGCUGCCAAACACGGAGGAGGGACAGCAGCAACGUGCCUACAAUAGUCAUGUUUACAUUAAAGAGUGCGAGAAUGAACUCUUUUAGCAGGACAAGUGAAGAAAAUGAAAGAAGAAAAUGAAAUCCAGAUUGUAAUUUAUUGUACAGAAAUAAAACAUUGAAAC